GCUGAGUUUCCGGUCGGAGGCCUUUGCCCAGCGCCCCGCGGCCCUGAGGGGCGGCGGCGCUGGCGGCGGCGGAGGCAGCGGGGGGAUCCGGAAGUCAACACCAUGUCGAGUCUGCACAAGAGCCGGAUUGCAGAUUUCCAGGAUGUCCUGAAGGAGCCCACGAUUGCCUUGGAAAAGCUUCAGGAACUCAGUUUUAGUGGCAUCCCCUGUGAGGGCGGACUGCGGUGCCUCUGCUGGAAGAUUCUCUUGAACUACCUCCCCUUGGAGAGAGCGUCAUGGACCUCCAUCCUGGCCAAGCAGAGGGAGCUGUAUUCUCAGUUCCUGAGGGAAAUGAUCAUCCAGCCUGGCAUCGCCAAGGCCAACAUGGGUGUAUCCAGGGAGGAUGUGACCUUUGAGGACCAUCCACUCAACCCUAACCCCGACAGCCGAUGGAACACGUACUUCAAGGACAACGAGGUGCUGCUGCAGAUCGACAAAGAUGUCCGAAGGCUGUGCCCAGACAUAUCCUUCUUCCAGAGGGCCACCGAGUACCCCUGCCUCCUCAUCCUGGAUCCGCAGAAUGAGUUCGAGACCCUUCGUAAGCGGGUGGAACAGACGACACUGAAAUCCCAGACGGUGGCCCGGAACCGGAGUGGGGUCACAAAUAUGAGCUCCCCGCACAAGAACGCGGCGCCCUCAUCCCUGAACGAGUAUGAGGUGCUGCCCAACGGCUGCGAGGCCCACUGGGAGGUCGUGGAGCGGAUUCUGUUCAUCUACGCCAAGCUCAACCCUGGCAUCGCUUACGUGCAGGGCAUGAAUGAGAUCGUGGGGCCCCUGUACUACACCUUUGCCACCGACCCCAACAGCGAGUGGAAAGAGCACGCCGAGGCGGACACCUUUUUCUGCUUCACCAACCUCAUGGCUGAGAUCCGGGACAACUUCAUCAAGAGCCUUGACGACUCACAGUGUGGCAUCACCUACAAGAUGGAAAAGGUGUAUUCCACACUGAAGGAUAAGGACAUGGAACUCUACCUGAAACUGCAAGAGCAGAAUAUCAAGCCCCAGUUCUUCGCCUUCCGCUGGCUGACACUGCUGCUGUCCCAGGAGUUCUUGCUGCCUGAUGUCAUCCGGAUCUGGGACUCCCUGUUUGCCGACAACAGCCGCUUUGAUUUCCUCCUUCUGGUCUGCUGCGCCAUGCUCAUACUGAUCCGGGAGCAGUUGCUGGAAGGGGACUUUACCGUAAACAUGCGGCUCCUGCAGGAUUACCCCAUCACAGACAUCUGCCAGAUCCUACAGAAAGCCAAGGAACUCCAAGACUCACAAUAGCCUGGCGGCAAGAGGCCCAGGUUUGGGAGAGAAGCCACCGCCGACCCCUGUGCCCUGGCUUCUGGGACGUGCAGGAGCCCGUGGGGUCCCAGCCAGAGGGGCCGCUGCAGGAUCAGCCUGCUCCAGGCCUCUCACCCUGGCCGCUCCCACCGGGGGCCCGCUGUGCCCUGCUCCUUCCUAACCACCGAGCCCUGGCUCCUCCCCCCACUCCACCCCUUCCACCCUGGACCCUUCGCCCAGGCUGCUGAGCAAGGCAGGAGCUUGUGAGGUGGUUUCCUGGGGCUGGGGCAGAUUGCGGGCCCUGGGGGCAGGCAAGGGCCCCUCCCUGCCUCUGCUCUGCUGCUCUCUUCCUGCUCUCCUGCUCCAUCUUCUGGGCGCUGGUCGGGGAGGUGCUCGGCAGAUGAGCCAGAAACCACUUCUGGAGGUUGGUGCUUGGGCUUCUCCACAGGGAAGGUGACACCGUGAAGGAGCUAAGAGGCUGCCAGGCGCAGGUCUCACCCUCUGUCUCUUUCCCACAGAGGGUGUGUGUGUGUGUGUGUGUGUGUGUGUGUGUGUGUGUGUGUGUGUGUGUGUGUGUGUGUGUGUGUGUGUGUGUGUGUGUGUGUGUGUGUGUGUGUGUGUGUGUGUGUAGUUGUGGGUUGCUGUGUAUGUUUUUUAAUCCCCCUCGCGUGUGCUUCUCUUCCGUCUGUGUGUGUUUCCAUGUGUCUGGAGGGAGGUGACUCCCUCUUGGUCUUUGCUUCUUCUUGUCUGUCUCUGCCUCCGCCUCCGUCUCCCUCUCUUUCCUUCCACCUCUUUCACUGAGGGGGUGUGGCUCUCACUCUGUCCGCCCCUCUCCGUUGCUCGCUCUCUCCCCUCUCUUUGGGUUGCCUUAUCCUCAGCCCCUCCCCCACCCUCCUCUCUAUGCGCAAGAAUCCUGGAGACAGGAUGAAGAGUCUGGCUCAGCCAAGCUCCUGGAGGUCAGCCUUGACCCUUGCAGCCUGUUCCCAUCUCCCAGGUCUAGGCUCCCAGGGCUCCCAGUCCACAGUGCCUCACUCGAGGGCCCUGAACCCUUGCCCCACCGCAGGAUUCUUGGAAACCCAGAGUUGCUGAGAAUUAAUAGCCCAUGAAGCUUUGAGCCUCACCCACCUGCCCAGGGAGGGAGGGGGGAGGAGAGGGAGAGCUGGGUCUUCCAGAGGUUCCCCCAAAGGUCCUUCUCUCCCAAAAGAAAAAGGACAUUAAGGUUGGGAUCCAGGUGCUUCUGAGGUGUAGUCGUUUCCUUGGCUUCCAGGUGCCGGCCCAGGGCAGGCGAGUCCCAUAAAGGGCAGUGGGACCAAAGGGAGCCUCUCUGGGUCAGGCGUGGCCGAGCUCAAAGGCCUGGGUCCUGUCAGGGCCAGGAGAGCCAUGUCUCCCUCAGGCAGGGGAGCUGAAGGAGGUGCAGGCCCUUCUCCGGUCACCUGCUCGGGCUGCUCCCAGGAUGUGGGGCACAUGCGUACCGAGUAGGAGCAGCCGGCUCCUCCCACGCUGGGCUGUGGGAGUAGUGGGCCUAUUCUGACCAAGGCCCUCCCUCCUUUUGUGAGGAGGCAGCUGGUUUGCAUCUGGAAGGCUGGGUAACGUAGCAUGGGCCCUCUUCAUCUCCCCAGACUGGCCAGCAGGGACCCUCACGCCCCCCGGAAACUUCCUUAGCCUGACAGCCAGGACUUGUGGCUAUGGGGCGGGAACAGCUUCCCCAAGGAGGCGCCUUUCCAGGCUGUCCCUUGGAUGCUUCUAGGACUCCAUGCACUUGCCUUUUUCCUCCUCCUCUCCCAGCACAGUAUUUGGGAGAUUUUUACUAUUUAUUCAGACUCCUGGUUAUUUAUUGCAGAUUGGCAAGUGCUUGAUUUGGGGAUGAAGGGUAGGGCUGGAAUGGUGGAAACCAGCUGGAGUCAUGGUCUUCCUGACCUUCCAAGGUCAGUCAACAUCCUCUCCCCCUGCCUCUGGGACCUUCCUGGUUUUCCAGCAGGUCCUGGCUGGGAGGGCCCUGAGCUCUGUAAUAGAACUGGGUGUAAGGGAGACAAGAGAGUUGGUAUCCUUGCCAGCCUCCAAGACCCCGGCAUGGGGUAGAAACGCUGCUUCCCAGCAGCCUGGCUUACCCUCUUCCCAGAACUUGUCAGCUGGUGGUUCAGUCACAACUUGAUCCCUUCACAGCCUGUCGCUUGGACCACAGCCUGGGUCCCAGCAGACACUGCCCAGGACACCUGAUGCGUUGCCUCUUGCCUGUCCCUCUGCCUUCCCUCCUGGUACCAUACUACUUGAAUCACUGCAUCUCAUUUGCCUCAGUGGCAGACCUGGGUCCAGUGCCCUCUCCUUGACCUUGUGAUGAAGGUCAAAAGAGCACAGGAACCACGUCCAGGUUAGACUGAGCUCGCCAAUGGGAGGACCUGCCCUUGGCAAUUCUCCCUCCCCAGACUCUCAAGGGAGGUCCCCAGAGAGCUAGAGACCCUGAGGCUUCCUGCUUGGGAAGCUGCCCCCAGGACUUUGGACACUUAGAGAAUGGGCUGUAUGAGUUCAGCAGGUCUCAUUCCAAGGGUCAGAAUGUUAGUCUGCUUUUGUUUUCUCGUCUGUUUUGUUCUUUGAAUCAAUGCUGUUGAUGACAAGUUGUCUUUAAUAAAUCAUGUGUUCUUUGCA